AUGUGGAGUGGUUGUCAGAUAAAUAAUUAUAGAUUAGAAGAUCAAAUUGGCUCAGGUACUUUUGGGCUUAUAAUAUCAGCAAUUAAUUCGAUAAAUGAUAAGAAAUAUGCAAUUAAAAUCAUUGGUAAGCAAGACAAUUUGAAUUUAAAAACUCUUUUAUUUGAGUAUUUUACAAUCUUUCAAAAUAAGUUGACUUUAGAAAGUUUAGAUUUAGGUGAGAUUAAAAAUUUGAAAAAUGAAGAGUUUGUUAAACAACCUUAUUUGAAAGAAAUAUCAAAUCAAUUAAAGGUUCAUUCUCAUUCAAACAUCGUUACAAUACAUACUGUUUUCGAUUCCCCACAUGCCUUAUUUAUUGUCAUGGAUUAUUAUCCAAAUGAUCUUUACAAUGCCAUUGUCAUGGAUAAUAAAUUAAGUAGCAAUGGCUUAUUGAUUAAGAAGGUCUUUAUACAAUUAUGUUCGGCAAUUUUCCAUUGCCAUGAAGAAGGCAUCUUCCAUUGUGAUAUUAAACCAGAAAAUAUUUUAUUAGAUUCAAAAUUUAAUAUAUUUUUAUGUGAUUUUGGUUUAUCAACAAAUGAAAGCUUUUUAUCAAUAAAUGCAUUUAUUGGUAGUUCAUAUUAUAUGGCUCCAGAAAGAAUUGGAUUUUUCAAAGGCACAAAUGUGGAUUUAAUUCCAACUUCUAAGGGAGAUAUUUGGUCAUUAGGUAUAUUGUUGAUCAAUUUAACAUGUAAUAGAAAUCCUUGGCUAUCAGCAAAUAGACUUGAAGAUAAAAAUUUCAAAUAUUAUUUGGAAAAAUCCACAUUAUUAAAAGAAAUUUUACCCAUUUCCAAUAUUUUUAAUUAUUUAUUAUUAAAAAUAUUGAACGUUAAUCCUUAUUAUAGAAUUGAUAUCCCUGAAAUCAUGGAUGAAAUGUUAACGAUCAAGUCGUUUACCACAGAAGGUCCAUUAUCAAAAGUUGAUAGAUUAGAUAUGGAUACUUAUAUUUCAAUAUUAUAUUGUCGUGAUUUAAACAUUGAUAUGGAUCAAGAUAAAAAUGUUUCAGAUUUAAAUCAUCAUAAUAAUAAUCUCUUCCAUGAUCAAAUGAGACUUGAAGAUGAGGAACAUAUGUUUAAUUAUUUUAGUCAUGACGAAAGCAUAUCUACACCAGGCGAUAGUAUCAUGAGCAUUGAUCAUCGUAAUGCUAACCAACUUAAUAAUUGGGAUAUUGAUUAUUUAAAUUUAGAAGAGUUUGAUGUUGAUAUUAACACUGCAACUAAACAAAAUCAAAAUGAUAAUGAUAAUCAAACUAACACAAAUAUGGAUAGCAAUUAUAACCCUAAAUUAAAUAUAGCAAGAAAGUUUGAUAUAGAGAACAAAUUGACUACCAAUUCUCAGAUCGAAUUUUUCAGUGAAGUUUAUCCAUCUGCUACCACUACUUUAGCAGAUAAUAAAUUUGAUAUUGAUGAUUAUUUAGUUACAAUAUAA